AUGUCGACCAAUCCGGAACCCUUUCAGGCUGCCUCAACUCAAUCUAACAGUCAGCAGUUUCCCCAAAAUGUCUACAAUGUCCCGCCGACUCGCUACAAUUUUCUUCUCGUCUUUUUCACCGCCAUAAUGUUUGGAUUCGCCCAACUGAUUCUCUUAUCCUACCACCUCUACCUUCUGUCCUACAACCGGACCACACUUGAGGGCUUUCGUUCGCCAACAUUCCGUGGAAGUGGAGUGGACAAGCGCGGCUUCGAUGUCGGCUGGCUUCAGAAUUGCAGGGAUGUGUUUGGCGAAAAUUGCGGCCUCGCUCUCCUGCCAGUCUUCACGAGUCGCGGCAACGGCUACCAAUGGAAGCGCAGAGGACACAAGGCUUUCUCCUACCAGUCCCUCGAGUGA